AUGGCUGCGUCCAUGGAUGUGAAGCUUCAAAUGGAUCAGUAUCAUGCCCAUCAUCCUCAUGUUUCUGGUGCUUCACUGUCUUCUCAUCCUAAUCCUGGGCAUAUACAACUCGAGGGUCCGAGUGCCCGUUUGCCAAGUCAGUUCAGUAUUCCGUCACAGCCACAUCAUUUUGGUCAUGUUCAUGACCCAUAUGCCAAUUCUUCCUCAUCAGUCCAGCAGAUGUUGAUGCAGCAACAAAUCCAACAUCAUCGGUCGACUUCUUUCGUCACUCAAGUUUACGAUAGCAGUGAACUGUUGACGAAGCCACUUUCUAAUCAUGAUGCAAGCCCUCACAAUCAGGUGAAUCAAAUGCAUCUCCAGAUACCUGCCCACCAGCAAAUCCCUCAUUCUUUACAGUCUAACGAUCUCGCUGUCACUUCCAAUGCACGAUAUUCACCUGCCAUUGAUCGUGGAUCACAUCACUCUCCAUCUGUUUCAAAGGAUAGUUAUAAUACGCCUACUUACCACAUGCAAGAUCAAUCGCAUGCUCUUACAAACGCAUCUCAUUUGCAGCAACCUGUGUAUUCAUAUCAUGGAGACCCAUCGCAAGUGUGUAAUCCACAAGCAACUGUUCACACAACGACAGAAUUGUCUAAUUCACAGUACCCAGGACACCAUUUACCCAUGCAGUUGAACAAUAAUUCCUCCGGGGAUAAUGAGAUUCACCAUUCUAGUGAUCAGCAUUCCCAUCACUCCACUGCCUUCCAAGCACCCUCGGUUCCUUAUGAACCACCAGUCAGGAAGCGACGCGGUCGACCCCCAAUCCAUCCAACCUUUGACGUUGAUGAUUGGAUCGAGCAGUAUAAGACAAACCGAGAACCUGCUAUGCUGGAACUAAUUCAGUUCUUUAUAUCAUGCAGUGGUUGUAAAGGAAAAGUAACACCAGAAAUGUAUAGUCACCUGUCACAUGCUGAUAUUAUUCGUCGAAUGGCCGAAGAGUUUGAUGAAGAUUCAGGUGAAUAUCCACUAAUUCAGUCAAGCCCUAUUUGGAAACGUUUUCGCUCAAAUUUUGUUGAAUUUAUCCAAGUGCUGAUUCGUCAGUGUCAGUACAGUAUUAUUUACGAUCAGUGUAUGAUUGACCAAGUCAUCUCCUUACUAACAGGUCUUACAGAUUCACAAGUUCGGGCAUUUAGACACACCAGUACGCUGGCUGCCAUGAAAAUGAUGACAGCUCUUGUCGAUGUUGCGUUGAAUGUCAGCAUCAAUCGAGACAACACACAACGUCAGUAUGAAGCUGAAAGGUCAAAAACGCAGAAUCGUCGGGCUUCUGAUAGACUUGAUGUGCUAAUGCGGCGUCGUCAGGAGUUGGAAGAAAAUAUGGAGGAAGUUAAAAAUAUGCUCAUAUAUAUUUUCAAAGGAGUGUUCGUUCAUCGGUACAGACACAACAAUUCGGUGCUUGAAGACAAGGAUUGUGAGAACAUAUACGAAUUGGUAUAUUGCUCUUACAGGCCUUUGGCACAAGCAGCAGGGGAGUUCUUGACAUUAAAGCUGUUUGAAGUUGAUACUCACCCACCUCCAGCAAGAACUAGAAAGGGGAAGAAACGUAGUGAAAAUACACCACUCAUUCGUGAUCUAGUACAAUUUUUCAUCGAAAGUGAAUUGCAUGAGCACGCCACUUAUUUGGUCGAUAGCUUAUGGGAUCUAUGCCCUAUGCUUCGUGACUGGGAAGCCAUGUUGGAUCUACUUCUUGAAGAACCUGGUAGGGGUGAAGAGCCUAUGGAUGCAAACCAAGAAACAAGCUUGAUCGAAGUUAUGGUUUGUUGUGUUCGUCAAGCGGCAACUGGAGAAUCACCAGUGGGACGGCAGAUUGGCGGUCACCAUUCACAUUCCAGCUGCAACUUAACUGGCGGUGCAAGCACUUCAGAUACCACCGGUCGUAGUCGAGGUGGUGGACCUAUUUACGUUGGUAACAGCGCCACACUGUCUGUUCGGGAGGCUCGGGCUAUCGCAGAGGAACGUAAUCGUAUGACAGAAGCCAUGAUAACUGCACUACCAGCACUGCUCACUAAGUAUGGUGAAUCUCCUGAACGAGCGACUAAUCUGAUAACUAUUCCACGAUAUAUGGAGUUGGAGCUGUAUACAACGGGACGACACGAACGGCACUUAGAUCUUCUGCUGCAAGCUAUUCAUGAUAUUGUGGAACGUCAUACCGACCCAAAAACAUUGUUGGCCUGCUCUCGUGCUUAUGAGUCGUUGUGUAUGGAUGAAGUAAGCAUCGGAGAAGAACCUGAUCAGGAUGACGAGUUUCACCUGUUAGCUGCAUUGAAACGUAUUUAUGCGUUUUACGCUUGUCAUGAUCUCUCUGGAUUGGAUUUAUGGGACAGUCUUUUUCGAAUAACGCAAUCCGUGAAUGAUGCCAGUGGUGAAAUAGUAGCUCAAGCUGUCAGGUGUUGUUGUAAAGCUUUACUGUGGGAUUUCGCGAAAUUUGAAUUUGAAGUGGAUAAGGCAGGCUUGAAUAAACUUCGCAAAAAGCUAAAUUUGUAUAUGGAUGUAUGCAUUAGCUACUUGGAUCAUUCAUGCAAACUCCUUGCAACAGAAUCGUUUACUUCUGUUUGUGAUCUAUUAGUUGUCUUUUCUCAUCAUCUAUAUCUCCAUGCGCCAAAUCUCAUGUCCGUCGUCUAUAAAGCUGAUAGAAAUCUUGAGUUGAAGCUGACCAACUUUCUGGAACAGAGGGUUUUUGUCGACGAUGAUGAGGAGGAGGAUGAAAAUAUCAAAUUUGAAUCCCUCCAUGAAAGGCGGACUCAACUAGCUGCAUUUUUAAGUUGA